CGAGCGCAGCCCGGGCAGGAGCGGACGGCGCAGGAGAGGCAGGCUGCGGCGCGCGUCGGAAAGGCUCCUGAGAAAGUCCCACGGCCCAGGGACUUUCGAAAGGAGAGAGCUGGAGACUCCGGGUGCGCAAGUCUGCGAGUAAGUGUUCCGCCCGGCACCUGUUUCUCUGGAGCCACUGCCUUUCCUCCCCUCGGAACCGCGCCUCCCCAGACACCAGCCCGCUCCCGCGAUGAAUCCGGCGCUGGGCAACCAGACCGACGUGGCGGGCCUGUUCCUGGCCAACAGCAGCGAGGCACUGGAGCGCGCGGUACGAUGCUGCACCCAGGCGUCGGUUGUGACCGACGACGGCUUCGCCGAGGGCAGCCCUGACGAGCGCAGCUUGUACAUCAUGCGAGUGGUGCAGAUCGCGGUCAUGUGCGUGCUCUCGCUCACCGUGGUCUUCGGCAUCUUCUUCCUCGGCUGCAAUCUUCUCAUCAAGUCCGAGGGCAUGAUCAACUUCCUGGUGAAGGACCGGAGACCGUCUAAGGAGGUGGAGGCGGUGGUCGUGGGGCCCUACUGACAGGCCCUCUGGCCCCAGCCGCAGCCGCCCCCACGUCUCCCCACUUUGCCGGCCCGGCUGCGCCCCUCACCAUCAGAGACGGGGCGAAGCAAACCUGUCGGAGUCAAAUAUUUCUCUUGACUUCUUCCUUUCGAGAUGAAGCGACCGGUUUCUCUCGGCCUCUGAAAGUUCCCAUGCCUGAAGGAGGAAAGCUCCUGACUUUGGGACAUAGCAGCAAGUGGCAAGAGGAGGGUGAUUAGGGUGCAGAACUUUGGAAGCUGCCGCUUGCGUGGGACGUGGGGAGACAGGCGGGACGAAGGACGCUACCCACCCGCAGGUGGGCCCAGCGCUGGGGGCAGGUGGAGCGGAUGGGCAGGGGAGAGACCCAGAGACACCGAUCAUCUGGUGACCGGAAAAUGACUCGCUUAUAUGCCACGCAGCAGACCCCAGGGGAACGCACAAAUUCGUGUCCGGGUAUGCACCCGCUCUCUCUCCUGCUGCCUCCAGCCCGGGCGGGAAGAGGCGAUAAAUACCUUUGAUUGAUUGUAACGUGUUUUAAGGGAUUUUGUUUGCUUGUAUACAAAUAUUUGAUAAGUCCUUUUCUGCCCCAGUGGCCUGUUUGCCUGCCGGGGGUAGAGUUUUGUCUUGGGAGAAGGGGUGGGGGGCGGGGAGCCUGCGAAUGUGAACGGGGUGAUUGUUUCUUUUAGCGCAUUUCCAACUGGGUCUUUUUCUUUUUG